AGAGUCCAAAUGAAAUCAGUGUGGAUUUUGGUAUUCGCUGUGCUUAUUUUUCAACAAAUGAAGCUAAAAGCCCAGUUUCUAGAACCCGAUUGCGGAACCACCAUCAACCUUCCAGCGACAACAAGAAUCGUUGGGGGCAGAGAUGCAGAAAUAGGAUCGAGUCCUUGGUUAGCAUAUUUGCACAUCAACUCGUUUUUAAUUUGUGCUGGCACUUUAAUCACAAGAAGGUUUGUAUUGACCGCAGCGCACUGCAUGGAUCAGGCCCAUAUGUUAACGGUUCGUCUGGGGGAACAUGAUAUAUCUACAAAAUGGGAUUGUACAAUGUACAUUUGCAUGCCCCCUUAUGAAGAGUAUGAGGUAGAAUAUGGCUACCGACAUUAUUUAUUCGAUAAAAAUAUAGGACAGAGCUACGAUAUUGGAUUGCUUAAACUUAAGGGGACCGUCGAGUUUAAAGUUCACAUCCGACCGAUUUGUUUGAUCAAGAAUCCAAAUCAGGUCCGCCAUAGUGCCACAUACGAAGCCACGGGUUGGGGUAAAACCGACCUUAUCAAUUCGGCUACUACUUUGCAGACAGUGACCUUGAUCAAGCUAAACCCCAGCGAAUGUGAGCGAUCCCUGCGUACUUCCUUAGGUUGGGGACAGAUCUGUGCAGGUAAGAGACGAGCGGACACUUGUAGUGGUGACUCGGGUGGCCCGCUGGUGCACAGAAUGUCAAAUGGCCAAAUAAUCCGGACCAUUCAAUUUGGAAUAGUCAGCUAUGGCAACAAAUUGUGUCGCGGACCCGGAGUCUACACAGAUGUCUUGAAUUUUACGAACUGGAUAGUAGACGUCACUCGCUGGGCCUCCUAUUCUUAGGAAAUUUUCGACUAAAGUCAUGACAACUUAAAGCAAAUUGAAAUAUACAUAGAAAACUGAGCAACCUUUCUAGUUAAAGCUCCUACCUUAGUCGCAAAUUUUAU